CCGUCUCAGUCUUCGCGUCGCUGCCCUCCAGCAUUCACGCCUCCCGCGUCCGUUCGUCGGCGCAGGCACACUCCGCUCGUCUGUAUACACGCACACACCGCCGUGCCCGUACACGUAGCCGCGCGUACACACGCCCUGAAUCCGGACGAGGACUUUAGCACACCAACACCUCCGCGGGAGGUGUGGGGGUGAGCCCCCAGAGGAGGUGUCAAUCCUAGCGCUGCUCAGUGACCAUCGCGGCGCCACCCAAGUAACACCUUUCGUCCGCUCUCCGGCCCAGGUUCGGGAGCAGCAGAGCAGCCGAGCCUCUCUAGAGCUCUCUCUCUCUCUCCCUCUCUCUCUCUCUCCUCUCACGGUGUCUCUCUCGCACUCGCCUUUUUGUCACUUGCGUCUCUCGCGUUCCGGGUAUACCCACACGGCACACUGAACUGUCCUCCCCGGCUUCGUCGUCGUCGUAGCCGCCGUCGUCGUCGUCGUCGUCGUCGUCGCCCGCCGUCGUCGUCGUCGUCGUCGCCGUCGAUCGUCGCCGUCGCCGUCGGACGCCGUUUACUCUCCAGCACGCCGAGCCGGUGCGCGCGGCCGGCCUCGCUCCGUUUACUCGCGCGUCGUCCUCGUCGGCCGCGUCCUCGCGCGCCCACCGGUUUCGUCAGUGUGGUGAUCAGAGUGCCCACGGAACAUCGACCAGGUGAGCACCCGAGAAGUGUGCGCCCCAGUGAACAACAGUGAACGCAGGAUACUCGAAGCACAAGUGAAUCAAUCGAUCUAAUACACAAGUAAUCCUCGGACGUGGCCCAGUGGACCUUUCUUCCUUCUGUCUCUCUUUCUCUCUCUCCGAAAAUCCGUGUCCGUGACGUGUUCCGAGGCGAUCCAUCCGUAUCCCGCGUGUCUCUCGCUCUGUCUCCACACCCUUUCUCUACCUCUGCCUCUCGUCUGUCUCUCUAUAUCCGCCUCUCGCGUCCGGUCGAUCAGAAAAAAGAAAACAGAGAAAGAAGCGUGUCUCGCAGAACUCGGAGUGCAAGCCACUUCUCGUCCACCGCAGUUCCCGCAGAGCGAGGAAAAGAGUGCUGAGUUGAAAAGGCCCGUCGCGACGUACGAUGUUCUCUGGCGGGUUCGCGACGGGGCCCGUGGCGAUCGCAGGACCUCAGUGGGACCGCGAGGAGGCCAGCGAGGACCGCGGGAUCCGCUCCUGAGCGGGCCUGGUCUAGUCCGUGCGGAAACAUGUCCGAGAACGAGCCGAACAGUUGCGGUUGACGGGUCCGAUGCUCGAGCAGAGUGACUGAGGACUCUAAUCCGGCGAAGACUAUUGGACUAUCCGCGUGACAAAGCAUCGAAGGACGCGUCCGAAGCGGCAGCCAGCUGAUCCCGCGGUGCAAACGAACGCUCGUGAAAAGACGGACAACGAAGUGUGUUUCGAAGAGAAGUAGUGCUAACUAAACCCAAGUGCGAACUCGUCGACGGUUACCGAUACUAGUACGAGCAGAGUUUGGUUCGGUAUUUUAGCGUCCCUCUAGUUUGAGUCACUCGAAGAGGAAUCUCGCGCGACUCGGCACACCCGGCCCGUCUCGAUGAGAUUCGAACAAGACACGGCGUGCAGGGGUACCCACUGCGCCAGCACUCCGCAACCCUCCGCGCUGCAGCAGCGAUCACGGGUCGAGGAGGUGGUGGAAGAGGAGGAAGUGGACUCCUCCGCGAAGGACAUCGAAGGUCAACGACGUAGACGAGAAUUGGAGGCUAACGUGGUCGAGGGUGCGAACACGGGGCCGAGGGCCGAGGCGGGGGGGCCUGGGAUGGCGUACCCCGCGUCAGCGACGGCUCUGAAUCAGCACUCGCCAUUCGCCACCUCGAUCGCCGGCCCGCCGUCCGCGAACCCGAACGGACACAUUACCGGCGGCCACCUGCCGGCCCCGGCCGCCCCGAGACCGACGGACUUCAGCGUCUCCUCGUUGCUGACCGCGGCCAGCACCCAUCCGCCGAUCUUGGGCGGCUCGUCGUCCCAAGGCAGCGCCUCGCCGCCGCCCGGCGGACCCGGUAGCCCGGCGGCCGCGCCGGAAACGCCGCCGCCGUUGCCCAGCCAGAGGGAAUUGUCGCAUCCGUCCUCGGCGGUGGUCGUCGCCAGCUACUUCAGCGCUGCCACCCUGGCGGCGGCCGGCUUUUACAAUCCUGCGGCCCAUUUGCCGGCGACCAGCUCGCCAGGCCCGACGGCCCAUCAUCUGCCCGGCAAAGGGAUCCUGAAUAGCGCGCACCAUCAUCCGCAUCUGAACCCCCACGGGAUCACGCCACCAGGCCUAGGCCUUGGCCCGCACACGCCCGAAGAAGCAGCUGUGCUGGCGGCCGCAGCGGCAGCAUUGCACCACCACCAUCAGGGUGGACCCGGCGGGCCUACGAUGAGGCCCCUCAGGCCCCAUCUACCUCCGGGGAUGCUACAUGCGUCGCCGCACCCACUGGCGCCCCAUCAUCCCCUCGCCGGGCCUCACCCUGCCCUGAUGCCACCACCGGAAGACGACGGUGUUGUCGACGAUCCGAAAGUUACCCUCGAAGGCAAGGAACUAUGGGAGAAGUUCCACAAACUCGGCACGGAGAUGGUGAUCACGAAAAGCGGCCGGCAGAUGUUCCCUCAGAUGAAGUUCCGAGUUUCCGGGCUGGACGCGAAGGCCAAGUACAUGCUGCUGCUGGACAUCGUCGCGGCGGAUGACUACAGAUACAAGUUCCACAAUAGCAGGUGGAUGGUGGCGGGGAAGGCCGACCCGGAAAUGCCGAAGAGGAUGUACAUCCAUCCGGACUCGCCGAGCACCGGCGAGCAAUGGAUGCAGAAGGUCGUGAGCUUCCACAAGCUGAAACUCACCAACAACAUCAGCGACAAGCACGACUUUGUAAGUAUUACGAUAUUGAAUUCGAUGCACAAGUACCAGCCGAGGUUUCACCUGGCGAGGGCCAACCACAUCUCGCAGCUCGCCUACUCGACGUUCAGAAGUUACGUUUUCAAGGAGACGGAAUUCAUCGCGGUGACCGCCUAUCAGAACGAGAAGAUCACACAGCUGAAAAUCGACAACAACCCGUUCGCGAAGGGGUUCCGGGACACGGGGGCGGGAAAGCGAGAGAAAAAAAGGCAGGCGGUAUUGACAGUGUCGGGAGGCGGUUCGAGGCUGUCAGCAAGCGGUCCAGCAUCUCCAGAGAAGCGGCGAUCGUCCAACUCCGUAAACGACCUACUGGACGACGAGGACAAGCUCUUGGACGUGGUUGGUCCGGACACGCCGCACCCGGGCCAUCAUCAGCGCGAGCGGGAGCACUCCCGCGAAAGGGACGACAGGACCAGCGAGCGGGGCGAGGGCAGCGAGUCGUCGGGGUCCGAGAGCGGAGGCGGCCAGGGUCCGACCGGCUCGGAAGGCCCACGGCCGGAAGUGUCGGUCGGUCUUCCGUUGCAUCCGCCCUUGCUGCCGUACCUGUACCCGCCCGUCACGGGCCUGUACCCCGGUCCAGGUCCUCUGAUACCACCUAGCCACCUGGGCAUCCACGGCGGAGUGUCGCCGGGCGCUUUGAUGUUCAACGCGCAGCUGGCGCUGGCGGCGUCGCAGCACCCAGCGCUGUUCGCGCACUACCAUCACCCGCUGGCGAGUCCGCUGCACCAGCUGAAGGGGCACCGUUACGCGCCGUACACGCUGCCGGCGCCGUCCCACGGGUCCGCGUUCGAGACGGUGACGCCGGGCAGCAGGACCCUGAGCCCGAGGUCCCCGCCGCCGAGGCCGCCGACCGGCUCCCCGACGCCCGCCGCCGGGCUGACCUCGACGAGCAGCUCCGCGGGCGAGCUGAAGUCGAUCGAGAACAUGGUGAACGGCCUCCAAGAGAAGAGGAGACGGAGCCCGAGUCUUACGUCCCCCGGGCACAGGGGGGACGCGGACGCCGGAGGGGGGAGUCCGUGACAGGAGAACGAGCCCGUGAGCAGCACGAACCCGGACGAGCCGGAAGACAAGCGGUCCGAGGAGCCUAGCGACCCCCAGGAGCUCUACGGCGACGAGAGGGAGCCGGACUCGACCUCCGAGCUGUCGUAGCGGGGCCGAGGGUCGUCGUCGGCUCGACCCGGGACCCUCUGUGCCCCAUUCUGGGACGCUUCUCGCCGUCCCGGGCCCCCCCGCGUCCCUCUGGGGGACGGACGGCGACCCGGUUCAGGGACGAUCCAGACUACGAAGUGCAAUUUUAACAAGCGGACCGGGGCCACAGGUCCCCCGGCCGGUUUCCGGGACUCGGCGACGGGCCUGGUCCCAUGUGAGUGUAUAUAAAGUCCGCGGGGCGGGGGGCCCGGACGCCCUGCACGGGUCGCGCGACCAGUUCGUGGUGUACAUUUACGUUUGGGGCACUGUGUUUGUUCCGGAUGGCUGGAGGCGAGCCUUCGGGGCCCUUCGCGUGUCGUCUCCGCCGUUCGUCGUUACCUCGGCCAGCCUCGGGCCGAUUGAUCGUCCUCGGACUAGAUUAGAUAACCGGCAGACCUUCCAGGCGAUCGGAGAGAGCUCUUCUUCCUCGAGCCGGAGGACCGUUCGUUCGCGAAUCCCGGCACCUAGCGAGGAAGGGUCGAAGGGUGUCGGCCCGCGACGGUUCGCGGGCCUUGGCCUAAAUCCUCGAUCGGAGCACCCCGCGAACGCGAGAAACACCCGAAGAAGACGCCACCGCGAUUCUCAAGAAGGCCUUCUGCUGGCCUGGAAGGUCUGCCAGCGGAGUUGCUGGCAGCGUUCGCGGCGAAAGGUGCCAGAUUAUGCUAGAAGCGGACUAACCAAAGUCGCAUGCUAGAACGUCUCUCCGACGAACCGAUCGGUGUCACAGCCAGCUCCGAUCCGACCAAGCUUUUCAUUCCGCCGAUAAGAGCACGAUAGAACUUCAGGAACGGGAGAGCCUUCCCGCAAGGUCUUCCGCCUCUAGCUGCAAGCGCACCUUUCGUCGCGACGCUGGUUGCCAGGAAAACUAUGGCAGAAAGGGAUCGUCUUGCCCCCCGCGUCCCGUAAUCGGUCCCGCAGACUAAAGUUGCUUCGAAAGAUGUCGGUUGGGCCUGUUUGGGUCCGCGUGCUGACGCGCGACGACGUAGACGCGCGACGACUUCAGCUUGUCGCUAGAGGACGCGUUUUCUCUCAUCGUUUAGGAGACUCCUUUCUGCCAUAGUCGUCCCGGGGGAUGCUGAUCGCGAGUGAAAUGGGGCUGUCCCAAUUGUCCCGGGCGCAGCCGACAGCGUCGCGCGCGCACGCGCCCGCGCGCUCUCUUCGAAAUCGGUUCGAGAUCGCCGGCGAUACUCGAAGCGCGUCUCGAGGCCGUGCCAUCGGCGUCGGCUCGAGCGGGGAACGUGGUCGUCGAGCCGUCGAGGCUGCGAUCCGGCCCGCGUGCGUGCGUUCUAGGUCUAAGAAGAGGGAGACAUUGCAAUACGAGAGCACCUCCUACUAUUCGCAGCCCCUGUACAUAUGUACCCUAGUGAUAUUAUAUAUUAUAUAUUAUAUAUAUAUAUAUACAUAUUAUAUAUAUAAAUAACUACUCUCUGUAUUAAUUAUUGAAUAUAAUAUUAUAUUAAUUAUAUUAGAGAGUCGUAAAAAAAUGAGAAAGACGCAUUAAACGCACGUUUGCCCGAGCGGCAGAGCUCGGUGGAACAGCGCGGACGAUACGCUGACGGGCGCGAUGGAAUCGGAACCCGGUUCGCGGUACUCGGUUUUCUAUGUUAUUAACGGAAAGGGAGGAGAAAAAGGAGAAAAAAAAAGGAAGGAAUGGUCGAGCGUCGUCGUUCUCCGGGAUUCGCGGGCGACCGGCACGCCGGCAUUGACGCGUUCGCCGCGUCAGGCGACACGGCCGAUCUCUGCUCGAGGAGGACCGCUCUGUCGAUCCCGACCCCUCAGUCCUCACCAUUCAUCCCCAUUGGCCCUGUAUUUGUAUAAAAUUUAGCGAUCGGUGUAGAUAAUUGCGGAGAACGGGCCGAAGCACGGAGCGAUCGGCUUUCGGGGGAUCAUCGAACGAUCGACCAGCGACGGAGAGAUCCGAAGAAAUCCGAAGAAAUCCGAAGAGAUGCGAGGAGAUGUCGGCGAGAUUCGGCCGCGAGGAGGCCUUCGCGACCCCGAAGGCCGGGGAUGCCGCGCCCUGCUACUCGGCUCACCCUCUGUUCCCCCGCGUUCCCGCGAUUAACCCUUUGAACGUUGGCGGCUUCGAAUCUUCGCGCUGAUUCCGACUCGCGCAGGGGAGAAGCGCGACACACCGCUCCCUUCGGCGGGCUCGCGUCACCGUUCGCGGUUGUACAAUUGUAUUUUUAUAAAUUUUCGAACGCGCGGGGAGCACCCACCCCGCUCGCAGGCGCACCGUUCUCAGUUUCCCUGCUGCGCCGAAGCGCCGCGCGACGAGCAUCGUAAGCGGAAUUGUAACUCUUUCACUCACACACUUUCUCUCUCUCUCUCUCUCUCUCUCUCUCUCGUCUCCGGUCGGCUCGAAACGCAGCAACGAAUUUUUACUUUUCGACCGUGCCUCCCUUAACCACCCCCCUCCCCCGCCCCUCGUUGACGCUCCUCCCGUGUACAUGUCGACGCCCGCACCGUGUUUUGUAAUGUUUAAUACGCAACAUUGUACAGAAUACGAAAUUGUAAACGGCCGCAAGAACCCCCUCUCCCCCCUGCCCCAAGAGCCCGUCACGACAAAAGGAAACCGUAACGUAGCGUGACGUCGCGUUCCCGUUUCUUUCCUCUCACGUUUCUUUCCCCGCCUCCUCUCGUUCAAUUUCAGUUGUAGAGUAACUCGUGAUACCUUCGACACUGUCAAUUUUAUUGUAUAAAUAUGUGAAUACAUACGAGCUAUAUCUGUUCCUACUUAUUUUUUCUCUCCUGUUCGAUCGACACGCUCUACUUUCGACCAGUUAUACGAACUGUCGUCGCCGAUGAUUCUCCUAUUACUUUCGACACGUCUUUUUUCCUAUUUAAAAUUUUAAAUAAAUACGAUGUCUGUUAAACUA